UUAUUAGUUUGCCAAGGCUUUGUCUGAGACUACGCUCAUCCUUCUUGCUGCGCGCUUUGCCGGAUGCUCGUAAAUUCUUUUCUCAAUUGAAGCUUCCUCUGUAGCUUCAAUUUUAUGCAGACGUCCAUCAAGCACGAGCAAGACACAGGAGUUUGGGAGGUUGGGCCUUCUACCUGGCGGGAGAUCAGGUAUGGGUCUGUCACCUGGUCCUUUGACACACAACAUUCUCCUGCCCUCGUAAAACCUGUCUCCCAUCCAAAGCCACCCCAUUACCAUGGUUCUCUGCUCAGAACCUCGCGUCCAAGACGUCGUUAUACUGUUUUUUGGAAAGCCAAACCAUUCGGACCUUCUCAAGAUCCGACAACCCUACCCCAUAACUCUGCGGACGAAUGGUCACUCUCCGAGCCACUCAACCACAAAUUCAUUGGUGUUCAAGUUGCAGAAGACGUGUUGAAGCCGUACGAACUGGAAUCUGGAUUCGCUCACUCCAUCAUGCCUGAUAUCACCUUGGACGAGUUGUAUACUAGUUGGACGAAGUUGUCAGUUGACGUCGACGAAGAGGAGGUUGAGUUUGCGAGGUCUCGGUGGACUGAACUCGCACAGGAUCUAGUUGGGGAUAUCCAGCUAUCCCGGCCUAUAUCCACCUCCGACCUUGACGGUGGCCGCCCCCAGUCUCCGCUCUCAUCGCUGGAAUACGAUUCAGAACCAUCUACCGAAUCUGAUACGCUCCCUUCCACGCCCACACAAAGGAGUGCAUUCUCCGAUGUCGAGGUACACGAGCCCUCUCCAGUGUUAGAUAGUCGUGGUCUUUCUCCACCCAAGGCUCUCAAUGGGUCCGCAAGAGCUUUCACCCCCAAAUCAGGCCCGCCGUCCAAAUUCUCGAUAUCCCCCUCACCAGACUCCAGCUCACGCUCGAGCUCGUCUCCCACCCCAGUCAACUUUGUCUUCCCAGCCAUCAACGGUAACUACCAGUACCUUCCUCCAGGCCUGAAAAAGGACGACCAAGGAUUCUACACCUCAAUCACCCCACCCGACUCACCAUCUCGCGCACGUCUUGAUUCCUCUCGACCUUCUUCACGCCUGUCAUCGACGCGUCUCCCACAGUUCUUGUCCGAUGCUCAGUCGCGCAAGGCCUCCAAGACCAGAGUCAUUGUGGACCAGAUGAGAGCCACUCCCGUAUCAAGCAAGAAAGGCAGGCCUCGUAAUCACUCCAAAUCUUCAUCCGACAGCCUACACUCGCCAGGACCUUCCACAUCACCCAGUGAGGGAGACAAAAAGAGUCCCAGCACCGUACAAGGCGGUGACCACGACUCUGAUACAGACUCACCCUUCAGCCCCGGAAACCACGUCACGCCAGGGAGAAACGGGUGGAUGGAGCUUCCGUCACCUACGUUCGGCGUCAAAGCAUUGGUUUCCAAUAGCGCUGCACGCCCGUCGUUCCCUACGGCAUCGUCAUUUCCAGACAUGCCCUUCCACGUACAGCCCCCUGCGCCGCCUGGACCCUUCUAUCACCUCCCGCGCGCGCCGGGGUAUCCAUACUCAUACGUCCCAGCCCGCGCCCCGCCACCACCGCCGCCGCUACCACCGACCUCAUGGGUCCCAGUCGCUGCUCCCACCUACGCAAGCAGCAUGUAUGCGCGGCCCAUCGUGUGGUGAUAGCGCCUAUACUAUGUAGAUGCACCUUUUUUGUCGUUUUUAGUUGUUUCGCAAUCACUGUAUGUAGCACCACCCCCGUCUUUUAUCGUUUGUAUUGGAGGCGACAUGACGGA